AUGGAUGAAUGUCAAAAUUCAGACGCCAAGUCCCUCGGUUUCUGCCAUCUUCCUUCGGAGCUCAUACAAAACAUCCUCUUCUCCCUAGCUUUGCCCGAAAUCAUUCGCAUGAAAUUAGUCAACAAGUUUCUUGCUUAUGUUAUAUCCGACCAAAAUUUUAUCCGGGAGUGCAACCUGCGAUCAAGGUCAGCUACUUGGUUGUUUGUCUACAAGAAACGAUGGCGCCGUGACGCGACGAUUCAUGGUUUCUCCGAUCAAUCAAACCGUUGGUUCAAGAUUUCCAUUGAUGAUUUGAUGAUGCAAGUGAUUUUUUAUCCGGGUGAAGAUAUUUACUUAUUGACAGCGAGUGGCAAUAUUUUUUUGUUUGCUUCCAAUACCCAAAAGGCAGUUAUUGCCGUUAAUUUGGUUAGUAAGGCCGUUAAAAAGAUCCCUCCAUGUCCAUUGGGCCCACGUGGCACUUCUUCUUGGAGAAGAUCAGGGAUGAAGUUAGUACCCGAACCAUCCGGUUCGGGCCAUUUCCGGUUUGUGUUUGUUGAGUUGUUGGAGAACCGUCCGGUUCUGUUUGAGUACAAUUCAGAGACUGACGAGUGGGAGUCCACCAAGGCAAGAGAGAUUUACGGGAACUUUCUAGGGAACGAUUGUAUGUUUCUCAAUGCUGUUAAUGGACCUUAUGAAAGCCUGGUGGUGGCCGUUGGAUCUGAAUACUGCAACUCCCCAAUGAUUCUACGGCCACGAUUAGGAAAUCCAGUGCAGCAACCAUCCACUGCAUUCAGCUGGGUGAACAUCAGUGAUCGGAAACACGUGUAGGGUGAUGGACACAUGAUGAUCAUGAGAUCGAGGGGCAUGGACAACAACACGGAUAGGAGGGUGAAGAUGCUAAGUAGCAUAGAAAUGUGGGGCAUAAGCCUAAACAGUGGGAAUUGGCAGUAUAUUUCAAACGUUCCAAGUGACAUAAUGAAGCAACUUGGGAAGCCCUAUGGAGUUAUGAUAGGGUGCUUAGAGGCAAGACGUGGGAUAAUAAGGUUGGUUUUGAUGUCUAAUUUUGAGGGUUUAUGGGACAUUGUUUGGCUCACUUAUGAAAAAGAGAGCGGUGUUUGGACUUGGGUCCCAUUGCCUGAUUGCAAGAUGAAGGGCUCCAACCUGGCUGGAAUCACAUUCUCCUCGGGCCUUUCCCUCGCAUGAUCUAACAUGAGACUCUACGGAACGGCUGCUGGAUUGAGAUCAUCAAAGAGGAUGCUCUCAGAUUGUGCUGUUGUCUUCCUUUUUUUGGGGUUUUAUAUUAAAUAUAAUAGCAUUGGUUUUGUAAGAGUUUGUU